GACGUUUCAUAUAGCUGGGCCAUUAAAAAAAGAUAUAUAAAAUGAUCUCGCGGGCCGGAUGUAGCCCGCAGGCCUUGAGUUUGGCACAUGUGCUGUAGGCUAUUUAUUCAACUUUGUACGUCUUCCGCUGACAGUACGAUCAACUUCUACGUUUAUUUUGAAAACAAACGUGCUCCACUUCCCGUGUUUUUCCCGGUUACAUCCGGCUAACUUGACGUGAUACCGUCACUGUUUGACGUAUGAAUAAUCCUUACCAAGAUGGCGUUGUAUCUGUUUCUUAAGGGGUGAUCAUUGCUGUUGUUUGCGCAAAAUAAGAAAAUUAAUCAUCUAGAACAUAGUGUUAAUAAACUGGCUUUGUUGUUAAACAACUGGAGUGAACUUAGUCGCGCAAUAUGUCCACAGAGGAGCUGUCAGCCUCGGACAACGAGGCUGUCUUCGCCGGAGCAGGGGAGCGGUGGGCACCGGUAGGCGCUGUGGCAAGUCCCGAAGAUGAAAGCGGGAGCGCUGGCCAGCCGAGGCAAAAAGGCUCCUUUGCGGCUACCGAGGAGGAAAUGGCUGCCAGGUUGAAGAGGCUGGAAGAGGAGCAGGAUUUGUUGAACUCUUCCCUGCUCGCCCUCACCUCCCACUUUGCUCAGGUUCAAUUCCGACUGAAGCAGAUAGUUCACGCUCAGAGCGAGGAGAAGGAGAGGAUGCUGGCCGAGCUGGAGGAGUUCGCCUUCAGGGGCUGCCCGCAUGUUGUGGGCUGCAGAGCCCAGGACACCAAGCAGCUGGAAAACUCGGGGGAUCUGAGUGAGAGGGAGAAGAGGGAGCGCCUGGAGGCCCAGAGAGAAAAACAGAAGGAUCUCAUUUUCCAGCUGAAGACACAGCUGGAUGAUCUGGAGCGCUUCGCCUAUCAGGAGGGCAGCUACGACUCACUGCCACAGUCUGUUGUCAUGGAAAGACAGAAGGUCAUCAUUGACGAGUUGAUCAAAAAGCUGGAUGUGAACCUGAACGAGGACAUUGGGAACUUGUCGCCCGAGGAGCUGAGACAGCGAGUUGAUGCGGCCAUUGCUCAGAUAGUAAACCCAGCCAGGGUCAAAGAGCAGCUGGUGGAGCAGCUCAAAACCCAGAUCAGAGAUCUGGAGAUGUUCAUCAACUUUAUCCAGGAUGAGGUGGGGAACCCUCUCUUGUCAGACGGCAGGCCACAGCCGCAGGCAGCAGGGACCAAUGCCAGAAUUCCAGGGGCGAAAAAGAAAGUGGACCCUGAACAGGCCCAGAGGAUGCGAGACACCGGUCUGCAGCUGAUCCAGAAGGCCCUCACCGUGCUGCAGAUCUUUGCUGCUAGCCAGUUUGGCUGCACCUCUGGCCACAUCCCCCAGAGCAUGUGGUCUCAGGGGUCAGCUGGUCAGGACUACGGGCCCCUGCUGCAGCAUCUGGAGGCAGCUGUAGAAAAAGUGCGAGUGCUGGGCUCACGCAGACAUGUCGAAUACGUGGUCAACUACACCAGCAACUCAGUGCUGGGGCCCCGAGACGAGCUGACGAUGACUGUGAGGAAGGAGUUGGCGAUUGCUCUGAAAGACUUAUUGGCACACGGUCUCUUUUUGCCCUCUCAGACCAUGAGUCUGGUGCUGGCACCGAUCUCCUGCCUGCUGCCUUAUAGACCAGCCACCCAGACCAUGCACCCAUGGGAACUCUUUGUUAAAUACUACCACUCCAAAAAUGGAAAGGCUUUCGUGGAGUCACCGGCCCGCCAGCUUUCACAGUCCUUCAGCCUGCCUAUAGGGGGCGGCCCUGUAACAGUCACUCCUAAACAGUCUCUGCUGUGGGCCAUUCACACCGUGUUAAAGGAGCACGGACGCUACAAACGAGGGCCGGACUCAGAGUUCAAAGCACUGGUGUGCAUGGCUCUGAAUGAGCAGCGUCUGGUGUCAUGGCUCAACCUGCUUUGUAAAUCAGGGACUCUGAUACACCCACACUACCAGUCCUGGAGCUACAUAGCCCAGACCGGCUUCGAAGGAGCCCUGCGUAUUCUGGGCCGCAUUAGCCACCUCAAAUUCAACCUUCCUGUGGACUUGGCUGUUCGGCAGCUUAAGAACAUUAAGGAUGCUUUCUGAGGAGGCACAAAUGAAAAGUAGAGAAACACCCGUCUCAGAAACCAAGUAUUUUAUCAGUUAAACUACACUGGUCUUGCCUGGCUGUCAGGACCAAAAGCCCGACUUAGUGCUUCAAUUGUGUAACCUUUCAAAGGUUAUUUAAGCAGCUACCCAUCUAAAGUGCAAGUAUGUGAUAUCAACAGUACAUGCAUGGUUGGUUAUGUUGUGUGAGCUUCAGCCAUAAGCAAACAUAGGUUUAAUAUGCCAAAAUGUCAAGGAGCCAAUGCUACAUGUACUGUAAACAUGCCUUAGAGAGGAGACUGAGAUUACCUCACUUUUAGUAAAGCCUUCCUGACCUUUGUGACCUGUGCUGAUUAUACAGUGUCAGUCCCCUGUGAACAUGUUGGCGCCCUGAAAUAUGCAGCAAAUGGAUUUGUACAGUAAUCAGUACUGUAAUGUGGCUACCAGUUAGUCCAGGACGAGAGAUAAUGAGCAGAAAUACUUUUUGAUACUGUGGCACUACACAGUAACCAAGAGCUUGUGAUGUGUUGGUCCUUGUACUGCUCCAUUCCUCUGGCACAGAACUUUAGGAGGUAUAUCACAUGUAGCAAACUGAUUGAGCAUAAAGAUAAAUAGCAGCACUCAGGUCAAGCUGAAAUGAAAAAUUCAUAUUUUCCAUCAUGGUGUUCUGAGAAAUGUGAUGAUAAAGUGUUGUGUAAUAUUGCCUACAAAUAUGCAGCUCUCCACUUCAUUUCAAACCUCUGAAGCUGUUAUUUAUCAGCUGUUGAACAGUGUGUUUCAGGUGUGUGAACAACACACCCUUUAUGAACCUUUCUCCUCUUCCAAGUGAAAUUCAAAUGAAGUGAUAUUUCUUAAUGAUUUACAUCCUGUAUUGAACAUGACUAAGUUAUAAAAGGUUUAGUUUUAUUUCCUGUUUGAUUUUCAUAUGGAUUUCUUAAUUUUCCUGAGACAGCUGAGUCAUAUGUAUGGUACCCUUAAAUACUGAAUGUACAAACCAUAGAUGCUGUUAAGCUGAGGGUGGUUUAUAUCUGCUGCAUGUUUCCCUGCUGUUCAUGCGAUUGAGACUGCAGUGUUCCUGGGCCCACGUGUAUGUAUCAAAGCCCAGAGAGGAGGUUGCCUGACAUGAAAACCUGGUUCCAUAUUAGUGCACUUUUAUCUCAUUUAUGUUAAUAAAGAAUUUCUGUUUUGGGCCAUGGUUAAUGUAUACAGUGUAAUGCUGUAUUUUGCUUACUUGUUUUGCAUAUUUGUUGCAUUUUGUUUGACAGUUAUGUAAUUAUUUGUGUAAAGAGUAUUUAUUUAUUGGUUAGCAUGUUUUAGCUCAACACUGAAGUAGGUAGAACAUUUCAGAACACUAAAAGUAGCUGCUGUAGUCUAGCUGUUCAAUCUGGGAACACAGAUACACUGAAUCAUUUAAACUGUGCUCUAUCUUAUUUUUAUUUAAUCACUUUAAUUAGAAAUAAUAUAUUGGGAGAGUUGUGUUUAUUUUUGUUUUUUAAUCAUGUUUAAUCUAUACCUACAGCUGUAAGCAAAUUAAACGUAAUAAAUG